UCUCCGGAGGUUCAUAACUCUCCUGUGAUUCAUAACUCUCCGGUGGUUCAUAACUCUCCGGUGGUUCAUAACUCUCCGGUGGUUCAUAACUCUCCGGAGGUUCAUAACUCUCCGGUGGUUCAUAACUCUCCGGUGGUUCAUAACUCUCCAGUGGUUCAUAACUCUCCGGAGGUUCAUAACUCUCCGGUGGUUCAUAACUCUCCGGUGGUUCAUAACUCUCCGGUGGUUCAUUACUCUCCUGUGGUUCAUAAUUCUCAAUUUUUCAACUCUGCAGAAGUGGAUAACCUUCCUAUCUACCAUGCUACUGACAUUGUUCAUGAUAUCAAUGCGGUUUCUAUCGCUAAUGAUGUGCUUAACACUUCUCCAGUUCGUGACGCCUUUGUGGUUUCUGAAUCACCAGCGGAAUUUGAAGCCCUGAUUAAAUCUGAAUCAACUAAUGAAUCUCCCCCCUUGGUUUCUCUGGGCAUGUUUAAACCAUCUGAAGAACCCCUGUUGUUUAAACCAUCUGGAGAAUUCUUGUCAAACCCUGGGAAUCUAGCACCAACAAUUAUACAUCUCAAGGGUAAACUAGUCAAUACUAUACAGACACAGGAUACAGGAUACACACAACAAACACAGGAUACAGGACUAAUCCUUCAGGAUAUAGGGGUACAGAUAAAAGAUACAGAAGUAAAACUACAAGAUACAGAAUUCAAUGUGAGUCCCCAGAACGCAGAAUACACCAUAGAUAUCAGCAAUCUAACCCCGUCUUCUGAUCUUAUCAAAAAUCCUUCACAAGAACCAGACAAACAAAAAGAUAAACUUAAAACCAUUGAAUUUGAUUCCACCACCUUUGAACCAGAAUCUGUUUCAGUAGAACCAGAAUCUGUUUCAGUAGAACCAGAAUUUGUGUCAACCGAGCCAGAAUUCGAAUCUAAGGAGUCAGAACUUGUAUCUGCAGAGUCAGAAUUUGUAUCUUCAGAGCCAGAAUUUGUAUCUUCGGAGCCAGAAUUUGUUUCUUCAGAGGCAGAAUUUGUUCAGGAAGAAACAUUUUCAGAAGAAGAGGAUGAAUUUGUACCAGAAAAGUCAGAAUUUGUAACAGAGGUCCCUGAACUUAAAUCAGAAAUUUCUGAAUUUAUGACGGACAAACCAGAAUCUGCACAUGAAGAAUCAGAAACUGAAUCAGAAGUACAAGACUUAGAACCAACUGAACCAAACGUUGAAUUAAUUGAACCAGAAUUGGAAGAACUUGAAAUUGAAGUAAUUGAUCCUUUUGAGAUCAAUGAGGAUGAAUCUAAUGAAGAUCCUGACAGCACACUUGAUCAAGAAGAAGAUCAAUCCUCUGAUUCUCCCGAAAUACCAGAAAACACUGAAUCCGACCCCAUACUAUCUACAGGAAUCCAGCAAAAUAGGAACCCUAAAGAACAAUCUGAUAUAGAUUUUCAGUUUUCUUCUCCCUCAAAUCUUCUGGAUCAAUUAGAGGAACUAAAUCAAGGUUUACCCACCGGGAAACCAGGAAUACCAAUCAGUCUUCAUCCAAUCAUCAACCCAUCAGAGAUAAAGUCUCUCCCUCCAUCUGGAAAUUCUCAAAUUCAUUUUAGAAAUCCGGUAAUUCAGCCUCUUGUAAAUCCGCAACUUCUGUCCCAGCCUGGGGUGGGUUCUCAGUUUUUAUCAUUCGGCGGAGGGUCUGGAUCGAAUGCAAACAAAAUACUUUUCCAGGAACCAAUUCAAUCCCUUCCUAAUCCCUUUCUACAACCAGUCCAAAAUCCCUUCAGCCGGCCUACAUUCGGCCAGGGAUUUAAUCCAUUUCUUCAAACCAUGCAAACGCCUUUUGGUCAAGCAGCUCAGAGUCUAUUUGGCCGCCCAUCGCCCACCAGAUUUGGCCAACCACAGCAGCUCCUGCAACCCAUCAAGUUUCCUCUCCUUGAACCUCAACCUGUCUCCGAGGAGCUAAGAACCAGAGACCCAGAGCUAAAUGUAUUUAGUGCUCCUGUAAUCCCUGCAGUCCCUGAGACAGAGCAACCUCUGAACUUUGCGUAUGUUUUCAAUAAACUCGGUGAAGGAGAUAGAUCAUCAACAUUUUCCUACAAUUUAACCAACAUUCAGGGACAUAACUUUAAUUUCCAACCUGUUCCUUUUGUAAACGUUCCUGGCUUUUUGGGAACAGGGUUCCAGAACUUCUUAUUAAAUCAAAAUUCUGGAGCAUAUAAUGGAGCCGACAUUGGAAUACUUGAUCUUGGAGUCAAUACAGGAGCUCUCCAUCAAGAUCUAGGAUCGUAUAAUGGAGCUAAUUUUGGAGAACUGAAUUCAGAUCGGAUACCUAAUACUAAAGCUAACUUUGAUUUGGAUGUUGGAGCUAAAUUUGAACUACUGGAUCAAUUUCCACUGAGAGAGGAAAUCACCCAGAAUGGAUUCAAUACAAUCGAAGAUCUGAUCAAAUUUGAAUCCGAAUCAAGUUCUGAAGAGGAGCUAAGAAGUGGAACUGGAUUCGAAGAUUCUCUGCUCCCUGAAGGAUUAGCUCUUGAACCCGCCCUGAUGGAUGAAAAUGAAGGAUCGGAAGAUCAGGGAGAUCAGGAUAGUUUAUACGAGGAGGAGUAUGAAAACUCUCUGCUAAGUGAUGAAAACUUAAACCCUCUUCAUCAUCUAGUUCCAGAACUAGAACCAAUCUCUGAUUACAAUACUAAUGAUUAUUAUGAAGAUGAGAUUAAUCCAAAUCCGGAGUUUUAUGAUUAUCAGCCCAUCCAUACGGUUCCUUUCCCUACACUGAAGGAUCAGGAAUCACCCAACCUUUUAGAGAAAAUUCCUGGAAUUCUCGGGGAAAAAUCUCUAUUUCAUCAAAUUCCAGUUGAGAAUAUCUUGAAUAGUCUUCCAUCGUCGUUAGAACUAGAUCCAUCAAGCCUGGGGGUAGGAGACAUUGCUCUGGGGUACACGGAAAACAGUGCUCCAGGAUACCCGGAGACUAGAGGAGAACCAUUAAACCUGAAUACACAGGAACACGAUAACAGACCUAACUCCAUACAGACAAACGGAGAAGACAUUAGUUCUGAACCCACCCUGGAGUUUGCUAGCCCAACAUUGAGCUCUGGAAUUGACAUAUUGGAUUUUGAUUCUACGGGACCCGAGGAGGGGGGACUUUUCACAGAUUAUCUCAAAUUAAGUCAAACCAAUCAAUCAACCGAAAUUAGUUUUGACACUUUUGACCAGGAUCCAAGACAUCCAAAACUAGUAGUUGAGGAUACCCAGGAUGUUGUUGAAGAUUAUACUGAUUUAGUUGGACCAGUAGUUGUAGAUUCCCCAGAUUCAGUUGAACCAGUAGUUGUAGAUACCCCAGAUACAGUUGAACCAGUAGUUGUAGAUAUCCCAGAUACAGUUGAACCAGUAUUUCAGGAUACCCUGGAUACAGUUGAACCUACAAUUCGUCCUGACACUAUUCAAAUCAUCAACGAUAAUCAGAUUCACCAGAAGCUGCAUAAUCUCAAGAUUCAGGUUGAACAGGCUAAAGAGAGAUUAAACCGACGUAAGGUCGUGAAGAGGGUUCGAGUAAGACCAGGAGAAGAAAACAAGGAAAGGAAACGAGGUGAACCUGUAAAAAUCAUGAUAAACGAAAUAAAAAAGAAACCAGUUCUAGUUAAUGACGGUUCCGAAAUAUCUAUCCCCAUUAUAAUUGAGGGAAAGACAGUUAGAAAGCUAGAAAGACAGAAACUUAAGUCCAAAGCUUAUCAAGAUGUUCUUAACAACAAAGCUGAAGCAACAGAAGCAACUGUUCUUCCCGAAGAAGCUGUUGUAGUCUUUCCAGCCGAACUUGAUACACCAAGUUCGGAUGAUGAUGUUCAAACAGAAACUGCUGUUGUUGAUAUUUCCCCGAAAGGUACUGAUGUUGAUGAAGCUUCUGAAGGUGCUGAUGUUGAUGUAGCUUCUAAAGGUGCUGAUGUUAGUGUAAUUGCUGAAGAGACUGAUGUUGAUGUAGUUUCUGAAGGGACUGAUGUUGAUGUAGUUUCUGAAGGGACUGAUGUUGAUGUUGUUUCGAAAGGGACUGAUGUCUAUUUAGCUUCUGAAGGCCCUGAUCAUAAUGUAGCUUCUGAAGGACCUGAUGUUGAUGUUGAUGAAUUACACAAUAAGAACAUUAUAGAUGUCGUCACUGAUAUUUCCAAUCCUUCAAGGACAGUGCAGAAUUUUAACGUGGAGAACAGUGCAGAGGAGGAAAAUGAAGAUUUAUCAACUUUUGAACUACCUGAACUACCUGAACUACCUGAGCAGGUUGAGCCCAGCACUGAGGUAGCUGGUGGGGUACUUCAGAUGCAGUUGAAAAGAGUAGAAGAGCUAGCCAGGAAACUGAGUAUUGGAGAACCUAUUCAAAUUCAAGAUUUUAAGGUUGGAGUUGCUAAUAGCCCUCCUCAUUUUACAGGGAAAACUGGAACUAUUUCAUUUCCCCGACCCUUCCUACAAAACCACCAAAGAAGACGACAGAAGAAAGUAAAAGUUCCAAUCUCGGGGUUUAACUCGGAAAUAGAAGAGACUCCAACAACAAUAACAUCAUCACCAACAAUAUCAACAACAGCACCACCACCACCACCAACAACAACAACAACAUCAUCAACACCAACAUCAACAACAGCACCACCACCACCACCACCAACAACAACAUCAUCAACAACAACUACAACAACAACAACUUCACCAACAGCAAUGAUUGAUCAAACAACUGAUCCAGUUAUGAAUGUAAUGUUAUCCAUCCUUGAUGAGUUUUCAUCAGAAUCAGUUUCAACAACAUCUGAAACUUUAACAACAACAACAACAUAUGAUCUAGACCAAGAAACAUCAACCACAGCAGAAGUAUUCAGAGAAGUUGAACCAAUCUUAAGACCACAAAGAUCCCAGGUUCAAAAUAAUCUCCAAUCGUUAAGGGAACGUCUAAACAAUUUAAAAAAGAGUGCCGGGGUUCAGGAUCUCUUUAGCACCCAGACUGCCCAGAAAACCAGCAGUUUUAAGGACAACCUAGAUAACAAGAUUCAGAUUGUAUAUUCGAACCAAACAUUUGACCAGCCAGUCUUAGAGUGUAAAUGGGUAUUGUCGGAAAACAUGAUACCAACAUUUCGCCCAGGGAGGGCAGGCAGAUUUAAACAGAAAACAAGAAAAUCUAGGAAGCAUUCUCCAAAACGAUUCUUUCAACGUGAGAACGCUGUAGAAAUGUUGAAUUCUGGAUCCAAGCCUAUCCACGCUCCGGAAUCAUCUAUAACUGAACAGCAUAAUUCUGAAGCCAUGGACUUUAAAUCACAAAAAGCUGAAUUCAUGAACAUUGAACCAACCGAUCCAGAUUCCUUGAAACAUGAACAAGAAAUCCUCAAUUCUAUUAAAUCUUUGAACACUGAACAAAAUAAAUCUGUGCUUCUGAAUUUUGAACAAAUUGGGAACACUGAACAAGUAUUACCGGAAGCUUUGAACAUAGAACAGAGUGAACCUAACACAGUAAAUUCUGAUUUAAGCAAAUCUAAAAACUUGAACUCUAAAUCCAUUAAAAAUGAAAAACAAGCUUUUACUACUGAAAUAAUCAACCACUCAAACACUGAAAAAAUACUAUCUGCCGUUAAAGAGGAUAAAUAUGUCACUGAUUACCCUGAGAUUAAAGACAAUGAGUUUGUACCUGGAAAUGAUGGUUAUGAGGCUGAAAAAGAUGAACCUGCGACUGGAAAUGAUGAUCAUGAGACUACAAAAGAUAAGUUACUCACCGGAACUAAUGAUUACAAAGCUGAAAAGGGUGAAGAAGAUUAUGCAAAUGAUGCCCAAGACUCUGAAAAAGAUGCCCAAGAGUCUGAAAAUGAUGCCCAUGUGUCUGAAAAUGAUGUCCAAGAGGUUGAUAACUAUGAGUAUGAUGCUGAAUAUGAAGAUGAGUAUACUGAAGAUGAUUAUAAAGAGGAGGACAAUGUUGAAGAAGAGCCUCUGAGUAAGGAACUGGAAAUGCUGGAACAGCUGAAAAAGAAAAAAACCGAACUUGAAAGACUCUAUGUGGAUACAGAGCAACCUCUAGUUGAUACAGAGCAACCAAUAGUGGAAACAGAUCAACCAUUAGUGGAUACAGAGCAACCAUUUGUGGAUAUGGAGCAACCUAUUGUGGAUACAGAGCAACCUCUAGUUGAUACAGAGCAACCAUUACUGGAUACAGAGCAACCUAUAGUUGAUACACAGCAACCAAUAGUUGAUACAGAGCAACCAUUAGUGGAUAUGGAGCAAUCUAUUGUGGAUACAGAGCAACCUAUAGUUGAUACAGAGCAACCAAUAGUGGAUACAGAUCAACCAUUAGUGGAUACAGAGCAACCAUUAGUAAAUAUGGAGCAAUCUAUUGUGGAUACAGAGCAACCUCUAGUUGAUACAGAGCAACCAUUAGUGUAUACAGAGCAACUAUUAGUGGAUACAGAUCAACCAAUAGUGGAUACAGAGCAACCAAUAGUGGAUACGGAGCAACUAAUAGUGGAUACAGAACAACCAAUAUUGUAUACAGAGCAACCUUUAGGGGCUACAAAGCAACCUACAAUGUAUACAGAGGACACUGUAGUUGAUACAGAGCACCCCAGAGUUGAUACAUUACAACAACUUGUAGCCACAGAACAACCUUUAGUGGAUACAGAAGAACAAAAAAAAGAUACUAAGGAACUUAUUGUGCCUGCAGAGCAACCUAUUUCAGAACCUGAACAACUUUCUUCUGAUGUUGAUCAUUCUCCUCUUACAACAAAACAACCUUUGUUAAAAGCAGAUGAGUUCUCUGAAUUGAAUGAAGCUCCUGAAUUUGAUAAUUCAGUUUCAGAGCUUAAUAAGAGACCUGUAACCAAUGAUGUCGAAUCUAAAAUCAUUAAUGAGCCUGAAAUGAAUGAAAAACCGGAAAUGAAUAAUAUAUCUGAAAUGAACGAUAAACCUGAAAUGAAUGAUGAACCUGAAGUGGACAAUGAAUCUGAAAUGAUUGAUAAACAUGAAACGAAUGAUAAACCUGAAUUGAACGAUGAACAUGAAACAAAUGAUGAACGUGAAAUGGAUGAAUCUGAGUUGGAAGGAUCUGAGACUAAAAUGAAUUUCCAAAUGAUAGUUAAGCUUGAAGAAGAAACUGACCCUGUCCAAACAUUAAAAAGUGGAAUCCUGAAUAUUGAAGAAAAAAAGCAGCCAUUAAAAAUUAUUGAAAGCAAAGGAUUUUUCGGUCGGAGCCGAGUACAAAAAUAUGGAUCCCCCUGGAGUAAGUUCACUGAAAAACGUUCGAAACCUGGUGACAAAAAACCUUCCUUUCAUCUGAGCAGACUUUUUAGAAAGGUUGCACCCUCAAAGAAUUUAAAAGAAGCCCAAACUGAGACCAAACAAGAGAAAGCUAGUGAACCCAAACUAGUGGAAACUCCUGAAAAAAAAGAGCUUGUUACUGAAAUCAAACCAACUCGAAAAGAUAUUUUCAAGCGACGGCGUCCAUCGUUGCUAAUGAAACCAAUUCCUACAGAAGCCAAAGAACUGAAAAACACACCAAUUUUUACCAAAAACAUAAUCAAAUCUGCGCAAACCAAAGAAUCAACCGAAAGUUCUAAAGAUGAACGAUCAAAUAAUUUUCUAAUUCAAUUGUUUAGAAAAAGAAGCCGAUCAGUUUUAAACUAGGGUCUUAUAAAUCCGUUGACAUAAAUAUAAAACAUCUGCGAAAUACUGGAUAACUUACUCUUACUGGUUUGCAUGUAGAGGAUAAUGUAACGUUUGCAUUGCCAAUCAUCAGAUUUAUCAUCAUACAAAGUAAUUUGCUGUAUGAUUUCACUAUCAAUGUAUCAGAAAAAUUACUUUAGUCUGUUUUGUACUAUUUUUUGUUUAAACUUUAGUGUUCCUGUUAAUUAUUUUAAAUUAAUUAAAAUUUUUUUUCUGCUUUUAAUUUUAAUAAAAAUUUCAGAAUAUUUUUUUCUCUUGUGAAAUAGGUUUAAAUUUAUAAUCGUCUUUAGUUAAACCAAAACUCAGGGCAUUUAUUGAUGACUUGUGGGCAUUUUUGUUUGAAGUUUUUGGU